AUGUCGUUGCUGCUUUCAAACGUUUCAAACUCUUUCCCUACCCAAAGACCAACUGUCAUUGUUCAGGAAAGUGACGCUGUCCGAUUCGUCGCACCAUGCGUUGUCGGACUCGUGAUCCUCAUUGGUGUCGUAGGAAACAUCUUCAUCAUCCUCGGUCUCCUGGCCGCCAAGAACAAGGUAGACACCCCUCCAUGUCUCCUCCACUGGGUGAUACAAAACGUAACGGCGAGUGAUCUGGCUCUACUAGUUUUUGUCUGUCCCAUCUUUGCAGCAGAGUUCGCGGGAGAGAGUUGGACAUUCGGCCAAGCACUGUGUUCAGUCAUGCGCCCUCUGGAUUUCACCAACAUGGUGGUGUCUUUUUACAGUAUUUGCUUCAUAUGUAUUGACACAUGCUUUGCCGUGGCAGAUCCGCAGAGGUAUCAACAGAAAAGAAACGCAAGAACGACUGGAGGAUGCAUCGUGGGGAUCUGGGCAGUGGCUAUUGCAUUGACCUUGCCAGUAUGGGUUUUUUCUCGUGUUCGCCCAACUGCAUUUCGUGGCAACAUCUGCACCGUCUCAUGGCCGGACCACUUUCCCAUCUCGUUUCCAGUCUAUGGGCUGGUUUUCGCGAUGGGGUUGCCCCUGUUGACAUCAUUAUGCUGCAUCGCUGGCAUUUUCAUCAACUCGAGUGAGAAACUCUGGAGACCAACCUCGGCAGAUAGCGUCAAGAAAACCAAAGAGUUGGUCAACUUGAUCAUUGCUCUUGUCCUCACCGGUGGCGGACUAUGUGCUCCGUACUUUAUCACACCUUUCUAUAGGGAAAUUUACACCGAAAACCUGGUGCCAAAGAAGUCUGCAGAAUCCUUCUUCACCAUCACAUGUUUUGUCUACGCGUACAGCUGCGUCAAGCCAAUGUUGUACAUCUUUUUCUACAGCGAGCUUCGCAACAUGGUCACCGACCUGAUCCCGAGCAGAUCCUCAAACAUAAAAUCGAUCAGAAACGGGUUCAAGAAGAACAGGAGUCCGCAAUCUAACCCGGCCAAACCGCCCAGGGGUCAGCAACACUAUGUUGACCAUCGUUGUCCGGACACACCCAUUUCCACCAGGUCGUUUCCCGGCUCUCGAACCGAUUCUCGAAUCAAUCUACAAAACCUGUUUGCAUUGCAGUUUACCGAGGAUGGAUGGAGAAGGAAGACACUUUAA